AAAGUCAAAUCGUAAUAGCGCGGCGAUACGAUGCGGACGCAGUGAGGCGCGCGCUUUCGAGCGGCCAGCAACGAUCCUUUCAAACCUCGAAACGUUCUGCUUGCAGAUACAGAUAAUUCACCAAACUCGAAUCCUCGGUGACCAACCUUUUUGCGACAUCGAUCCGAACCGAAGGGAUACUCGUUUUCAUGCGUGAAAAUCACUUCGAAUAGUACAUCGAUUUUCCAAUUAAUGUUAAUAAAUUUCACGACCAAUUUUCGCUUUCCACGAUCGAACGAAUCGAGGUUUUUGCAUCGGUGAAGAAGACCUCCGUCACCACGAAUCGCAAUGACGCGAAGCAGGAACAACGACUUUCCGUUCACGAUCUUCAUCGGGGCGUUCGUCUUGACGCUUUUCUUCAGCUACGCGCAGGGCAUUCCCGAUUUUUCCGACCUACCACCAGGGCCGUACUGCGGUGCAACAUAUCCGGCAUUGCGAUGCUGCGAUGGGCGUAAAGACGUCUGCAGUGCUCCGAUUGUCGGGACGUUGUGCUACUGCGACGAUUUUUGCGACCGAAAUGUAACCUCAGAUUGCUGUCCCGAUUACUGGUCCCACUGCAAAGGGAUGCCUGUAGACAUUGGACCACCGAAAAGUAUCAAAGCCAGCUGUUUCUACGAGGGGAAAUAUUACGGUCACGGACACUCGACGAAGGAGAAUUGUAACAAAUGCAAAUGUUCAGCUUUGGGAAGGAAGCCGGAAAUGCUUUGCGAGACGAACCGUUGCUUGGUGGAACCCGACAUCAUCGAUGCUGUGAAUUACGAUAGUGAUCGGUUGGGAUGGCGGGCUGAAAACCACUCCGAAUUCUGGGGAAGAACCCUCGCCGAGGGUAUGAAGUUGAGACUAGGAACAUUGAACCCCGCGGAAUACGUGACCAAGAUGAUCCCGAUUCGCGAAGUCUACGACCCCGAGAAGCUUCCCAAAUACUUCGAUUCCAGAAAUAAAUGGAGGGGCAUGAUCAGCGAUAUCAGAGACCAAGAAUGGUGCGGGGCUUCGUGGGCUUUGUCCACCGUCGACGUCGCUUCCGAUCGCUACGCCAUCAUAAGCAUGGGACGAGAAGUCGUCGCGCUUUCCGCCCAGCAUCUCUUGUCCUGCAACAACCGAGGACAGCAAGGAUGCGGAGGCGGCUACCUGGACAGGGCCUGGAUUUUCGUUAAGAAAAAUGGUCUGGUAGACGAAGAUUGUUAUCCGUGGACGGGCGUCAACGGAAAAUGUAAAAUCCCAAAAAGAAUAACUCUUGACCAAACUCAGUGCCGAAGGCUGCCCGGCUCGACCAGGAAAGAAUUGUACAAAAUGGGCCCAGCCUAUCGUUUGGGAAAUGAAACGGACAUCAUGCAUGAGAUGAAUAAGUCAGGACCGGUGCAAGCUACGAUGAAAGUCUACCCCGAUCUAUUCGUCUACAAAUCUGGUAUAUACAGGCAUUCCCCGACGGUAGAAGAUUCUCGCACAAGCUAUCAUUCCGUCAGAAUAGUCGGUUGGGGCGAAGAAAUCGUUUCGUACGGACCACCGGUAAAAUACUGGGUCGUGGCCAAUUCCUGGGGUGAGCAUUGGGGUGAAAACGGAUUCUUCAGGAUUUUACGAGGAGUGAACGAAUGUGAGAUCGAAACCUUUGUCUUGGCUGCCUGGCCCAAGGCAAUACUGUAGAUAUACGAACGUAUUUUCACGUGUUCACAUUUUUCUAUCUACACACGAUGAAUAUAAGAAUCAUACAGACAACGUUCACGAAUCACCGCUGUAUUUAUUAGCACACUAUGUAUACUAAUAACUCGACAGUUUCGAUUAUAAUAACAUAAUAUAAUACUAAACAUAUUGUAUGUAUACGUGUAUAAGAUAUUUCAAGUGAAGAAAAAUAACUCGUAUUGAUAACGAACUCUUUACUACGUUAUACGUAUAAUAUACAUACAUAUAUAUACACACAUAAAAUUACACGUAAAUGUAUAUUUUUAUGAUGACAAUAUUUUAUCAAAAUAUUAUAAUGACAUACGUACCACUUAUGUAAACUCUGCCAUAUUAUUCACUAAGAUGCACAAAUUAUUUAAUAAAAUAUCACAUACCUAGGUUAUAUGUGUUAUAACAGUAAGUCUUCGAAACUUUACUAUUCUCGAUAAUUCUAGAAAUGAGAAAUAACAACAUUUGAUUUGAUAAUAAAG